CUCUUAGCUCCAAACUUGAAAGCUGAUGACGUCGAUUCUUCACCAGGAGGAAUGCCCCUCGACAUUGACCCCUCGCGGCUAUUAACUCCCGCUUACAUGCAGUCGGCGCAAUGAGAUGAAACUUCAUGCUGACGAGUCCCUUGUUUCAUUUCUCCAAGGCCAUGGAGAUCUACAGAAAAUUCCAGAGAAACUGGAGAAAUUGUGGAAGAUCAAUCAGUCACCCUUAUCAGUGGCAAAUUAUAGCAGGGGAAAAGGGGUCAACAGGGUCGGCACAUGGGGCCUGUCAGAGCUUGGAGUAGCCAAAACGGGGCUGAAUUGGAAGCCCAAUGAUGCAUCUCAGAUUGGGUUUUUGGUGUUGUUGAUGUUUGGGACCAAAAAAGCAAUCAACGGUGGGUAAAGCAGGGCAGACUUUUUCCCUCUCCCUCUUCGUUGGUCAUUACUCUGAUGCAGAUACGCGCGGAUCUUUAUCCCUUAUUAGCCUGUUCCGCCAGGGCAAGAUGAAGAAAGUGCCCUGAAGGAGUCGUCACGAGGUCCAUGUUGGUAGCGGGGCUGUAGCCGGGUUGGUGAUUGACAGUAAUGGGAUGUGAUAAGAGGUGACCAACUUGGUGACCAUGGACACCCAACCGACUUGUUCCAAGGCAGAGCGAGAAUAUGCAGGCUGAAGGGGAAAUGGAGUGACAAAGACUGAUAUAGCAUCACAUGUUAUCAAGGCUGUGACUGUACGUACGAGGGAGAGAGCGAAAGCAAUAUCAUGUCAUUGCAAGGUGAGAAGGGAUAUUUUGAACCCAUCGGAUCAGUCCCUCAGCAUCUGAGAUAGGCAGCCCAGGGCUGACCUUGGUACUAUUGGGAGAAAGUCCCUUUGAUACAGGCCUGACUUGCAUUGACGAGAGUCCCAUGUCGAGUGCAUGCAUUGGUGCUGCACGAUACCAGACAGACGUAACAUCAAACGUAGGAUCACAACAUGGAGACCCAACAGAAAGAGAAGAGCAUCUGGGAGGACGAGAUGCUAAAACGUGGUCACAGUCUGUGGCCUUGUAUCGCUUUUACGACAUGGCAUCUCGAUGUCUACCGUUUUUAGCAGGUUUUGCUAAUAAUGCCUCUCUUGCUCAUCGUCCAUCGUCCGUUGGCCAAAUUGGCUGGCAAAGGUCCCGUGGUUCAAAACCCUUUCCCAUCGUUUACAUUGGAUCCAUGGAAUUAAAUCUCUCGUCCCUGCAGACGGUGGAGGCUUUCAUCUGUGCGACUCACAUAAAUUGCCCCAUAAAUGCCCUGGAUAGUGCAAUCAUCCCGCCUUCAGUUGAUCCCGUGCCUUGAUCAAAAGUGCGCUGAUCUCUGGGAAAAGUUGAAGCUUGACUUGACCUCCAAAACGAAUUGUAAAGCCACCUACGCCGCCCGUCAGCCCCCCCAGUCAUUAUCAAUUCCAUUCACAUACCUUUUUCUUUAGCCUUUUGAAGCUCGUCUCAUCCAUUAAUGCAUCAUUCCCCCCUUCUCGAGUUCUGACUUUUGUCUCCCUUUCAUUGUUCAUUUCGGCAGACAAUAAAUAGAAUAUCCAUCUCGAAAGAUCCUUGCAAUUUACCAACAACGGGCAACGAGGCGAGCGACAUCCGGCAAAAGCAAUAAACUUAUUUUAGUUUAUCGUCUUCGUACAUGCACGCACCUGCACCUAGGCACAGUACAGUCAGUCAGUACCUUACGCUUGCUUGCGCCUCCAAACCUCUCUCUCUCUCUCUCUCCCUCCCUUGGCACCUACGAAUACGCUACAGCCCUAGCCAUAGCGCGCCCAAAGUCUCAGCCCGCUCUGCCCUGCCGGCCCCGAGCAUUGCACUUAACUCACCCACAAUCUGUCUAUCUCCGACUCUCUCUGUCUCUGUCUCUUCAACUCGUCGACCAAAUCUUGGAAUCAUUGUCUCGGCCAAUCUCUAGAGCAUCAGCCACAAAAACCCAAGUGCAUCACGCAGACCCUCAGACCGAGACGGCGUCAAGCGGACAACGGCAUUGCCGCGAUUAGCAGGUCCCUAAGAGCUAGCGCUGGCCGUUGCGGGUCUUUGUUUACGGAGUCCCCAGUAUUGUACCAGGAGCUACGGACUGUUUUACAGGGCAGAUAUACCUAGUCAAAAAGUCUCAGUUACACAAGGUCGCAUCACAUCUGAUUUUGUUUUUUUCUGCUUUUCCCGACUUGCUCAUCCGAUACUUCACACCCGCUACUUAAAUAUCUCUGCUGCCCGUCCGCCUGACUGUCAUCUGUCGUUGCUCUCCCACUUGCCGCUCUAGACUUGCAUUCCACGACUCUCGUUACUGACUCGACCUUACUGGGCAGUCCCAUACAAUCUUUUGCAGCAGCAAACGUUCUCCCGUAUAUAGUUUAUCAGCGAAAACCGUUGACGACGCUUAACCUCCAACGGUUAACAUCUGGGCUCAUCUGUCAACAUGAGUCUUGCCGAAGCAGCCCCCAUCACCCGCGAUGACCGUUUCGCCAACACUGAGUCUGUUGGUGAUCAACGGUUAGGUGACUCAACCCCCCGAGCCAGCGAUUUCAGCAACGAGGCCGAUCACAGAGAAGAUAUAAAGAAGGACGGGAAGAGCAAGAUGCGUAGCUUGUUCGGCCUCGGCAAGAAGAAAUCCUCUGUGCUUACCAAGUCUGACUCUAAACCCGACACAACCAACUCCAAGUCUGAAUCCCAAUCGGAGUCUCGUUCUGAGUCACAAACUCCUGCCAACGUGAACUCCAACCCUGCCACCCCAUCUCUAUCUCGAGAUGCUUCCAAGUUGUCCUCGAAACAGCCGUCAUGGCCUCCUGCUAGCGAGCAGAGCUUUACUCUUCCCUCAUCUCCAGGUCGCGGCUUCACCGGUUCUCCACGACUUUCUUCGCCAGCCACAUCACAGAUCUUUGAGCGUGAUGUUCAGGAUAGCACUGUCCUCAAGCCCAACUCUCCCGCCAUCCCUACACAUAUUCAGACCGAAAACUACAUUCCUCCCGUCCUUGACGAUGCGUCCGAGGCCAUCACGAACGAAAAGCUUGACCCCGAUACAGUCGAGAUUGUUACACACAGCUCGCAUCAACCCGCCGCUGUGACAGUUACAGGAACCAGCAAUGUUUUCCCCUCGUACGACCUUGGAGCCAGCGAGUGGGCAGCCGAGCUCGCCUCCUUUGCUGACCGAGAGGCUGUCUCGGCCGACAACGCUUCCAACUACGGUUCCCUGGACUCUUCCGAUGUCCGCCGGCUCUCAUUCAUUUCAUUUGCCGACGUUGUACAGGCUGAACACAACCCUCUUUCGGGUGUUGCGAGCUCCCGCGACAGCAUCCACCUCGCAGGACUUACGUCUCUCCCAGCAGCGGUCAACCGUUCGCCUUCGCCCAUUCGAUCACCCGUGUCGAGCCAAGGACCCGAGACAAGCCCUCCCACAAGCAACCCUGGCAGCAUGAAGGGUAUCGAGUUGAGUCCGACUCGAAGACCUCUUGGUAGCCCAACAAGCACAAACAACCUCAAGCUCAACCCUUCAGGGGGUGAUCUGAACAUCGAGACAAUGAGCCAGGCCCUACGACGAACCGGUAGCAGUGAUCUGAGCCAUGUUCGCAGCGGUCCUGCAAGCCCAAUUGAGGCAACUCACCUUCGUUAAUUGCAUUUUCAGCACGACAGGAGUACGCUAUUCGAGAAGGAGAAAUGAUGAUAUCCACAAAGCAAAUGCAAUAUUUUAUACAAUUUGGUGACUUUAGUUAUUUUUUUUAUUCUAUUCGACUUCGAUACCGUACGGGGAUCGACAUUUUUUCGGAGGGAUUGAGAAUGAGGAUACCGGGAUCUGGCAAUGGGAGUUGGAAGAGAGAGUUUUUACCAGGCGUCGAGACUUUGCGCGAUACAAGCACCAUGCACAUAUCAUGCUUUCUUGGUCUUUUUUCCAUCUUCUUUUCUGACGCGAGAAAAUACAAAGAAAUUGCCCAAAUUGGUAGUUAUGUAUUCAACAUCUUGCUCGGUUUACUUUCGCCUGGGUGAUUUCUUGCGGGUAAGGGACACGGUGAAUCAUGAUUUUGUGUCAUAUCCAUGAAAAGUUUGAGCAUCAGACGUUGAGAGAAGGGAGAUGGCAUGUUAACAUGUUAUGUGUAACCAAUACCGCGUUUGUUGUCGAUCAAUGGAAGUCUUUCUGCACAAGAUGAGCACGAAUAUGACCUUUCUUGGCAUGAGGAAGUUCUGAAACGGUGACUGCAGCUGUUGUGGACCAUGAUGAAGAAGUCUGUAGCUCUCUUGGUGAAAUCAUAGGUAGUCUUCAGCAUGGUCUGGUUAGUGGGGCUUUCGUCUCAUGAGCAAUGGUACAAGUUUCUAGAAUAUGAGAUGUAACCUUGUUGCUGGCCUCAAGAAGCAACAUGUGGAUUCUAUGCCCUUGUUGACAGUCGUAUAUCUUGGAGGAUUAAGAAGGUUUCCUUUUUUGAUAUAAAUCACUUGGACCGAUUGCGUGGCACCACAUGAGACAAGGAUAUAAUAUCAUGACGAAGCCCUAAGAAGGCUAUGCAUGGAAACACAAUUAGGCUCAUCAAAUAGACGCUCGUUAAUAGAAGCGGUGUGAUUCGGAAACCUGUGUUGCCUG